AUGAUGUUAAACCCGGCCAAGUGUGCCUUUGGGGUUGGUUCCGGGAAGUUUCUUGGUCUAAUGGUCUCCAAACGUGGUAUCGAGGCCAAUCCUGACAAAAUAAAAGCUAUCCUUGAUAUGGAACCUCCCAAGAGUAUAAGGGAUGUACAGAAGCUGACAGGAAGGAUUGCGGCCCUAGGAAGAUUUGUAUCCAAGUCGGGAGACAAAUGCUUACCUUUCUUCAAAGCCUUGAAAAAAGUUAAGAAUUUCGAGUGGACAGAAGAGAGCCAGGUAGCUUUUGAGGAACUGAAGAAGUACAUGGCAGAGCCACCUCUUCUAUCGAAACCCAUUGAUGGUGAAACCUUGUAUGUAUACCUAGCUGUUUCAGAACAAGCAUUGAGUGCUGUAUUAGUCCGAGAGGAGUUCAAGGUUCAAAAACCGGUAUACUACGUGAGCAAGGUUCUGCAUGGAGCGGAGCUCAAUUACUCAGUGAUCGAAAAGUUUGCCUUGGCCAUGAUUACAGCAUCGAGGAAGUUGAGACCUUACUUUCAGUCUCAUAAGAUAGAAGUCCUGACAGACCAACCUCUCCGAAAUGUCAUACAUAGCCCUAAGGCUAGUGGAAGAUUGAUCAAGUGGGCAAUUGAGCUUGGAGAAUUUGACAUCCGAUACAAGCCUCGAACGGCGAUUAAAGCUCAGGCUUUAGCUGACUUCCUAGUUGAAUGUAGUGGUGCAGGACUUGUGCUCCAAAGCCCUGAUGGCUUUACAGUGGAAUACGCUAUUAAGCUAGACUUUCCGACCACUAAUAACGAAGCAGAAUACGAAGCAUUAAUAGCUGGACUUGGUUUAGCUAGAACCUUGAGGGUAAAGAAUUUGAAAGUCUGUGGUGACUCAAAGCUUGUAGUCUUCCAAGUGAAUGGUGAGUUUGAAGCCCGUGAGGAGACUAUGCUGAAAUACCUAAGGAUUGUAAAGACCCAGAUGGCACUAUUCGAAGAAUGCUCGGUAGAAUAUGUGCCCCGGGAGGAGAACACCAAGGCUGAUGCCUUAUCACAAUUUGCAUCCUCCGACGAUGAGGUGUACUUACAAGGCGGUCAUCUACCGCCUAAUGCUGAUGAAGCGCGGAAAUUACAGGUGAGGGCCCUUAAGUAUGUACUCAUUGAGGGGGUCCUAUAUAGAAAAUCGUUUGUAAUCCCUUAUUUGAGAUGUUUGAGGCCGGAUGAGGCUCGAGAAGCCCUUAGAGAAGUUCAUGAAGGGGUAUGUGGCCAACACCUCGGUGGAAGAGCAUUAGCUCAUAAAGUAACUCGCCUUGGAUUCAAUUGGCCAGAUAUGCUAAAGCACGCUCAAGACUAUGUGAAAAGGUGUGAUCGUUGUCAAAGGUUUGCACCUAUUAAAAGAGUUGAGAAAGCCCAGGGAUCAUGGGCCGAUGAGAUACUCCCUAUACUAUGGGCGUAUCGAACAACUUGUAAGGUUUCAACUGGGGCAACCCCCUUUCAGCUAGCUUAUGGAGCUGAGGCAGUUGUGCCCCUUGAAAUCACUCACACUUCCUCAAGGGUACAGCAGUAUGAGCCAGAAGCCAAUGAGGAAGGUAUGAGACUUGCACUCGAUAUGAUUGAUGAAAUCCAUGAUGAGGCUCAUGCUAAAAUCGUGGAAAACCAGAAGCGAGCUUCCUACUACUACAACCUACGAGUUAAGGAACGAUACUUUCGAGAAGGAGACCUGGUGCUUAGAAAGAUUGAAGCUUCUGGAGUAGGUCCCAAAGGCAAGAUGGCUCCAAAUUGGGAAGGCCCCUACCAGGUUAAGGCCGUCACAGGCCAUGGCUCAUACAAGCUCCAGACCUUGGAAGGAGUCGAAGUUCCCAGAAGUUGGCACGCAACCAACUUGAAGAUAUAUUAUGUCUAA